CACGAGCUCUCGCGAGAGUUGAGCGGGGGAGGAGGUGAGGGGACGGGCAAGAUGGCGUCGGAGGGCGACCUGGGCAGGAAGUGGGACCGGUGUGUGGCAGACUCCGCCGUCAAGCUGGGUGCUGGAUUUGGACUAGGAAUUGUUUUCUCAGUCAUCUUCUUCAAGAGAAGGACAUGGCCUAUUGCAUUUGGGUCAGGGAUGGGGUUAGGAAUGGCUUAUUCCAAUUGUCAACACGACUUCCAGUCUCCAUAUCUUCUCCAUGGUAAAUUUGUAAAAAUGAGCUUUGGCCAGCCUCCUGCAGCCCCACCAGAAAUACCUGCUUGCAAAUGUUCUCUCCAGCUGCCUGUUAAAGGGAAACAGUAACGAGAUUCUCCAACAAAUAAAAUGCUUGGAGAGCAGUGUAGAGAAACUGCCUUGGAUGCAGCUGAUCAGCAUUGCCAGCUACUGCCCAAAAUAAAAAAAUCUGUAGUUCUUCUGGCUGGAUGUGUUAACAUUAAAAUGUGUUAGUAAUGCACACCAUCCUGAGGGUGUUCCUCCAGUUUAUGCCUCCAAAAAAAAAGCUGGAGUGACAAGUCUGUGGCUUCAUGUGAGUGCUGAAUGCACUGCUCACAUGUUCUGAGAGCCUCAUUCAGGGAUGCUUGUUCCUAGGGAGGUUCUGGGCAGCCCAAAACAGUGUCUGCUCACCCUAGGAAAGGAUUUUUUCUGGAUUAAGGAUUAAUCUGGAGCAGGGAGGUCCUUGGAAGCAUGAGCUAACUGCAAGGAUGUGCAUGGCACAGGACAAACAGUUUCCAGUGCACUGUCUCCAUGGCUUUCUCUGGCACAAAGAUGAAGCCAUCUAAUGGUUAAUGUCAUUAAUUCCCUCCCAAAUGUCAUGUCAUGGGUAAUGGCUCCAGGGUUAUUACAACACAAUUAUUUCAUUUCUCUCGCUUAGGAACAUGGAAGAUAUUGUUGCAUUAUCACUCAUCUGGUUUUUUCCCUAGAAAAAUUUGCUAUAACUAAACUUUGUAGGAUUUCCUUUACAAAACUGAGUUCUGUUCAAAUGCUAACUUGAACAGAAUGAUAGAAUCUGCAAGAAAAUUGCCUUUAUUAGAGGGAAAUGUACCAUGGAUUAACUUGGUCAAAAUGAUUUGUAGUUUUCUGAGCCUGUCAAGUUCACAGGAUCACAGGAGAACUCGAGUUGGAAAGGACUUCAGGGAGCUCAUGGUUAGCUGUGAGGUCAGAGCAGGUAAC